AUGUCUUCUCUAGAUCAAUAUUUUUGGGAUAAUGCUAUAUGUGCAUCUCCCGCAAAGUUUCGAAGAAUAAUCACACGCUCAUUUUCCUCUGGGGAUUAUUUGAACUGUAUCCGGAUAAUCCAGCACCGAGUGAGGGAAAAUGGCUUAUGGUUCAAAGUGCACGUUGCAUUCCCUGGCAAUUCUUGUUUUUGGUCGGUUUCUGAUAAAUACUUUUACAACAUCGAUUUCCCUCGAGGUCAUAUUGGUCUCAAGAGUUUUGACGCUGAAGUAAUUGAUGAGGCAGGGAAUUCCAUUCCCCUCCACGAAACCUAUCUCCACCAUUGGCUUUUUGUAAGAUAUUAUCAACGUAAACAUAAUAGUUCUGAUGUUGCAAAGCACCAUGGUGAUCUGGGGCUCCAUGGGCAUGAUUUUGUUGUUGUAAAGAAUAGUGGAGUGUGUGACUAUGGCCUUAUACAAUAUUUCGGCCUUGGAUCUGAGACUCGAAGAACAUCCACAUAUGUACCAGAUCCUUAUGGAAUUCAGAUUGGAAAUCCAGAAGAUAUCCCUUCUGGUUUUGAGGAGAGAUGGAUGCUCAAUGUGCAUGCAAUUGAUUCUCGGGGUGUGGAAGAUAGGAUGGGAUGCACUGAGUGCCGGUGUGAUUUGUAUAAUGUCACAGUAGAUGACUAUGACCAACCCUUGCCACCUGAUUAUAAUGGUGGCUUGAGAUGUUGUUAUGAUGAAACGAGAUGUCGGAUGAGACAAGGGUUUAAAGGUGUGACGAGAAGUCUCUACUUGAAGUACACUGUCAAGUAUGUUGAUUGGUAUACCUCUAUUGUGCCUGUAAAAAUCUAUAUCCUUGAUGUCACUGAUAUUUGGACAACAGCAGAUGAAUCCAGAGGGAUAAAGUCUAGACAUAGAUGCCAGAUUGAGUAUGAAGUUCCGUCUUGUGCUGUUGACGCGGGUAAUGAUUAUUGUACUCAUACCAAAAGUCUACGUGUAAGUUUGCCGACUGGUGGCGAUGUCGUCUAUGGUGUUGCACACCAGCAUGCUGGCGGUAUUGGUUCAGCUCUUUAUGGGGAGGAUGGAAGAGUGAUAUGCUCGUCAAAUCCAAUGUAUGGAGAAGGAAACGAGCCUGGAAAUGAGGCAGGUUACAUUGUGGGAAUGUCUACAUGUUACCCUCUACCUGGCUCUGUCAAGAUAUCUUCUGGGGAGACGCUAACUCUUGUAUCCAACUAUAGCAAUGCACGGAGACAUACAGGAGUCAUGGGGCUCUUCUACAUCUUGGUCGCAGGCUCAUCACCACCAAACACAGUAGUGCAUGCUCCAGCAGAAGUACACCAGACAUGGAUGAUACCAUUAUCUGUUUGGGGUGUUGCGCUGUUUGGAGGUGCAAUCAUUCUGGUUAUUAUUUCUGCAUUCCGAUAUAGGAUCAGAAAAGAGGAAGGCUAUGAAGCUAUAGUCAUGUGA